AUGAUUGCAUCACUCAAACUCUUUGAGAAAUCUCAUGCUAACCAAAUUCCCGUUGUGUACCUUGUCAACCUGAGCGAGAGAGAUUACAUCCGCCAGAAGAACAAGUACCUCCCCAAGGUCUUUGAAUGGAUCAAGACCAACUCGCCCGGCGACCCAAUUCUUCCCGUGUCGGCUCAGUUCGAGGAACGUCUGACCCUGAUGCAUGAUGAUGCGGCCGCUGAGGCUGAGUGCAAGUCCCUGGGCACCAAGUCCGGUCUCCCUAAGAUCAUCACUACCAUGCGCCAGUCUUUGAACUUGGGCAGUUUCUUCACCACUGGUGAGGACGAGGUCCGGCAAUGGACCAUCCGCAAGGGCAUCAAGGCUCCCGCUGCGGCUGGUGUCAUUCACACCGACUUCGAGAAGACCUUCAUCCAGGCUAUUGUGUACAACUAUGCUUCUCUCCGCGAGUACGGCGAUGAGAACAGCAUCAAGGCUGCUGGUAAGAUUAUGACGAAGGGCAAGGAUUACGUCGUCGAGGACGGCGAUAUCAUGCUCAUCAAGGCCGGUGCUGCUAAGCACUAG